AUGCCUGACAAUAAGAAAAUGCAAGACAUUGGAAAUGCGAAUGAAUGGAUCAAUUGGAUUGAAGAAGCUAUUGCCAAAGAACACUUAAAAUUUUAUGAAUACAAUCAAUUUAGUAACUUUCAAGAAAUUGGUGUUGGAGGAAACCACAGCAUUGAUUAUAUGUUGGUAAUGGAAUAUGCAGACGGUGGUAGUCUUCGAAACUAUUUGAAGAAUAACUUUAAUAAAUUGAUUUGGAGUGAUAAGUACCUUAUGGCGUACCAGUUAGCCAGUGCUGUGUCAUGCUUACAUGUUGAGGGCGUUGUCCAUCGUGACUUGCACUCUGGCAAUAUAUUAGUCCAUCAAAACACGAUCAAAUUAGCAGAUUUUGGGUUAUCAAAAAGAAUCGGGGCAUCAUCUAAUGUUCAAUCUAAAUUAUUUGGGAUGAUUCCUUACGUUGAUCCAAAAAGUUUUAGCAGGAGAAGAAAUAAUAAUAACCAAAUGUAUUCAUUGAAUGAAAAAAGUGAUGUUUACAGUGUUGGAGUAUUAUUAUGGGAAUUAUCAAGUGGACAACCUCCAUUUUGUGCUGAUGGUGAACAUUAUGAUGUUGGCCUAAUCUAUGACAUUUCGCAAGGUCAUAGAGAAACGGUUGUUCCUUAUACACCUGAUGAAUAUGUAAAAAUUUAUACUAAAUGUUGGGAUGGUGAGCCAGAUAAUCGUCCAACUAUAUUUCAAUUAGUAAAUAUAGUACCCUAA